AUGGGAAUGUACAGUACUCGUGUACAAGGUCGCCAAAUUUUGCUAGAGAAUCCCGCACGCGAGAGUCGUGCGAAGAAAGCAUUGGAAGAAAAGCGUAUUAGGAGAAACAGACAACGCGAAAGGAAAAAGCUUGGAAUUAUCGGGAAGCGAGAAGCAAAGGAGAAGGGCGUUUGGAAGUUUGAGGAGGCGCAAGCAAAAUUCAAUCUAUUUCUUCCUCUUCAUCGACUUUGGAUGGGGUACAUGUCUGAGCUUCUUGUCCUACCUCCAAAACCUUCUCAACCUCCGAGCUUCGAUGCGGCGUCGAAAUCUAUGCCCCAAUCAUCUGGCAUGCACCCGAAACUCCUCAAAGCAGAUUAUCACGGAUCUAUCAUGACUGUAUGUCAGAGCAAAAACCCAUGUUUAAUAGGCCUUUCUGGUAUCGUUAUUCAUGAGACAGAGAAUGCGUUCAAAGUUGUGACGAAGACCAACAAACUGAAAGUCCUUCCAAAGCAAGGAACUGUUUUCUCGUUUGCCGUCCCUCUGUAUUCCAUCCUUCCACCCACGCACACAGUCAACACGCCUUUACCGCUACCUCCACCUGCAUCGACAGAAAAUGUCACUGCGCUGGAGACCGUUUUGGAUCAGCCUCACAUACAGUUCGAGCUUUACGGUAAUCAAUUCAGAUUCAGGGCAGCUGAUCGCGCUGGGCGGAAGUUCAAACAUAAGGAAACCAUCGAAUUGUAG